AUUGUAUCGCAUAUUUACAAUAGCCAUUGCUUGGAACCGGUAGCCACUGGCAACAGCAACAGCACAAAACGUUCCAAAAUUUAGCUUAACAAGAAUAACACUCAUUCUUUCAUCAAAGUCGCUUCCAAAUUGUUUUCGCUAUAUUCUGUUUAGUUUUUAGUUGAUAAAUCACUUUAGCCAUGGAUGAUUUCGGUUGCUACGAUUAUAAGCAGCCGGCGAGCACAAAAGUGUCGGAUAUGCGUACCUCCACGUACCGCGGCCAUCGCCAUAUCACGGACCUGCGGAUGGGUAACAGAAUGAAUGCCAAGUACUGUAGCCACAAUAACUAUGUGCGGGAUCCCCUGAUGCAUGACAAACAGUUCACCGAAUAUGAGGCCAAAUAUGAGUGGCAGUACGCCGAUCCGAAUAUUUUGCGCAAUCCUUCGCUCAACAUGAAAUCCCAGUACAUGAAGCCUUUCGAGCAGGGAAAUUUGCGCUUUAUAAAGCGCAAAAUAAAACCCAUAAGCAGCGUGACCCAGGAUACUUUUGUGGAGAAAAUAUUGCCAGUGGAGCUCGAUCCCAUACGCAUACCCAUGCAAACACCUGUGGAGGCCACCAAACUGAUAAUCGAUCGCUCAAAGAUUGGUUAUAGCAAGUACACGGAUCCCUCGGCUACCACAUACAAUCUCGCGUACGUGCGAUAUCCCCCGAACGAACUGUCUGGUGGGAUCGCAGCCCACGAUAAUGUGACAUUCUGGAACUGGUCCGAAGAGCAUAAGCCAUCGAAGAAAGUCGCUCGCUACCCGGAUGCCACAAUGUGCGAUGACUUUCCGGCCAAAGACUGUCCAAAGCGGCGUUGCGAGUUCCAGAACACAACCAAAUCGGUGCCCCAUACGGGCAUGAGCACAGAAGUGCGCGACAACUACAUUGAUCCGCAGUUCCGCGCCAUGAAUUUCAAUGUGGAUGUGAAGCCCCUGAUGGUGUACGAGGCCAUCACACCGUUUUCCAAGAAGAGCGAGUAUGCCAUAUACGGUUCGGGGGAACCCGUAGUGAAAUAUGUUUAAGAAUCUAUAUUCACGAUUAAAGUUACUGCUUUAUUCGAAA